AUGUCGUCCAUGAGAGCCGCCCGCUUCUACGGCAACAGGGACAUUCGCGUCGAGGACGUCCCCGUCCCGGAACCGGGUCCAGGCGAAUGCCUUGUGGAAGUUGAGUGGUGUGGGAUCUGCGGGAGCGAUCUGCACGAGUAUGCCGCCGGCCCCGUCUUGAUGCGCACAGUCGAUCCAGAGACCGGCAAGCCGCGGCCCAUCAUCUUCGGGCACGAGUUCUGCGGGCGGCUGAAGAGUGUGCCCGCGGGGUCGCCGCUGCAGGUCGGGCAGGCCGUCAUGGUCGACCCGCACUGCAUCUGCCGGACGUGCGUCUGCUGCACGGCCGGCAACGACCACAUCUGCCAGAAGCUGGGCUUCAUCGGCGGCAGCAGCGGCAAGGGCGGCGGGCUCUCCCAGUACGCCACCGUCGAGGAGGCGCACUGCCUCCCGCUGCCGGCCAACGUGAGCCUGGACGACGCCGCCGUCAUCGAGCCGCUGGUCGUCUGCCACCACGCGGCCAAGGCCUCCGGGCUGGCCCUCGAGGGGCUGGACGUGCUGAUCCUCGGCGGGGGCCCCGUGGGCGCCGCCCUCAUCUCGGUCCUGCGCGCCCACCGCGUCGCGCGCAUCAUCCUCAGCGAGCCCACGGCCAAGCGGAAGGAGCAGGCCAAGGACGUCGUCGACAGGGUCAUCGACCCGCGCACCGAGAAGGUCGGGGACGUGUGCCGCGAGCUGACCGCCGGCAAGGGCGUGGAUGUCGUCUUCGACUGUGCCGGCGUGCAGCCCGCGCUGGAGGCGGGCUUUGACGCCCUCAAGUCCAUGGGGACCUUUGUCAAUGUCGCCGUGUGGGAGAAGCCGAUCCAAAUCCAAUUCCUGCCCUUCUUCUUCAAGGAGAUCAAGGUCAUGAGCUCGUGCUGCUACAACGAGCAGGACUUUAAGGAGGUCAUGGAGUUGAUGGCCAAAGGCUCAUUCGAGGGCUACGAGAAAAUGGUCACCAGCCGCAUCUCCCUGGAAGACACCGGCCCCAAGGGCUUCGAGGAGCUGGUCAACAACAAGGACGACCAGAUCAAGAUCCUGAUCUCGCCCAAGAUCAGAUGAGUUUUUUGGAGCCCCCUAGGCCCAUUAGGCCAGAGUCUGGAGCACUGGGUCCUGGCUCCUGGCUCCUGGCUCCUGACUCCUGGGCCUUGGGACUUGGUCAUUUGGUUAUAACUUAUACUAUACCACAUUAUAUUAUAUCAUCUCGACACGAGUACCUCGUCCAAGUCAGAUUCAGAUGGGGGAACUGAGAAAGCUUGCGGUAACAUAGCAUAGCAAUCGCAAUCGCAAUGGCAUAGCAUGCGUGA